UAAGCCCAUAAAGAAAGCUUCUCUGGCUAACACAAUAUAGGUCUUGGUUGGUUUACUAAGCUCACGUAAAAACACACACACACAAUGGCUUCUUGUUCUUCUUCUUCUUGGGGUUUAUUGUUCUUGAUUAUGGCUGAGCUCGUCGGUUUCGUGUCUGGUCGAAUCGGGUUGGGUUCAAGAUUGUUAGCCCGUGAUCAUGAGGACCAAGCAUGGGUUUCUGAAAAUGGAACGUUUGCAUUCGGGUUUACGCCUUAUACGGAUUCAAGAGAUCAAUUUUGGUUGGCAAUUUGGUUUGCACAACUUCCUGGAGAUAGAACUAUAGUUUGGUCAGCUGACAUAAACUCUCCGGUCACCAAAGAUGCAAUCCUGGAGCUCGACGCCACCGGAAACCUCCUCGUCGUCGAUGGAGCCACCACUGCCUGGACCUCAAACACCUCCGGUGCAGACGUCGACACGGCCACCAUGUCAGAAAACGGCAACUUCAUACUCCACACCACCAACCAACGCAUUGCAUGGCAAAGCUUUUCACACCCAUCUGACACACUCCUACCUGGCCAACCCUUAACGGUCUCACUGGAGCUGACAUCAACAAAGUCACCAUCACAUGGUGGUUACUACACGCUAAAAAUGUUACAACAGCCCACUUCACUAAGCCUUGCACUGUCCUACAACCUGCCGGAAUCUGACGACAGCUCGCCGGAAUCUUACACCAACUACUCGUACUGGUCCGGACCGGACAUUUCCAACGUGACAGGCGAAGUGGUCGCGGUCCUGGAUGAAGCAGGGAGCUUUGGGAUAGUGUAUGGCUCGUCCUCAGAUGGUGCAGUGUAUGUGUACAAAAAUGAUAAUGACUAUGUUGGACUACCAUCAGCUGCAAACCAGUCUAUGAUCAAACCAUCAGUUUUUCGACGAUUAAUUCUCGAGACAAAUGGAAAUCUACGGUUGUAUAGAUGGGACAAUGAUGUUAAUGGUUCGCGCCAAUGGGUGCCGGAAUGGGCUGCAGUGUCGAACCCUUGUGACAUUGCUGGUAUUUGUGGGAAUGGGAUAUGUAACUUGGACAGAAGCAAGACAAAUGCUACUUGUACAUGCCUGCCGGGGACUUUUGAGGCCGGGAACGAUGCCCGGUGCUCAGGGAAUUCAUGGUUGGCCGGAAAAUGUGACGCCCAACAUCGGAAUUCGACAUCUCAGUUCAAGAUUGCCACAGUGCAACUAACCAAUUACUACUACACUGAAUCAUCAGUGAUAGCAAAUUACAGUGACAUAACAAGUGUUUCGAAGUGUGGUGAUGCGUGUUUGUCAGAUUGUGAGUGUGUGGCCUCUGUUUAUGGGCUUGAUGAUGAGAAGACUUAUUGUUGGAUUCUGAAGAGCUUGGAGUUUGGUGGAUUCGAAGACACGGGCUCGACGUUGUUUGUGAAGGUUGAGUCCAAUGUUUCAUUGACACCAGAAGCGAACAACACAAGAAGGUCUGGGGAUUCUUCGGACGGGUCAGGAAGUAGCCGAGAGAAAGUUUUGGUGCUUCCCAUUGUUUUGAGCAUGACUGUUCUUGUUGCGCUUCUGUGUUGCUUAUUGUAUAUCAGUGUUCAUAGAAGGAGAUCAUUAAAGAGGGCUCUUGAAAGCUCAUUGAUUGUGGCUGGCGCUCCAAUGAAUUUCAGUUUCCGCGAUUUACAAUGCAGGACUAAUAAUUUUUCCCACUUGCUUGGAACAGGUGGAUUUGGAAGUGUAUACAAAGGAAGCUUAGGAGAUGGGACUUUGGUGGCUGUGAAGAAGCUUGAUAGGGUUUUGCCUCAUGGGGAGAAGGAAUUUAUAACAGAAGUGAACACUAUUGGCUCCAUGCAUCACAUGAACUUGGUUCGUUUAUGUGGGUACUGCUCGGAAGGGUCACAAAGGCUUCUAGUUUAUGAGUUCAUGAAAAAUGGAUCCUUGGACAAAUGGAUUUUCCCUUCGCAUGGUUGCCGAGACAGACUUCUAGAUUGGUCAACUCGCUUCCACAUAGCUAUUGGUACUGCACAAGGGAUUGCCUAUUUUCAUGAGCAAUGCCGGGACAGAAUCAUACACUGCGACAUCAAGCCGGAAAAUAUUCUGUUGGACGAGAACUUCUGUCCAAAAGUAUCGGAUUUUGGACUAGCUAAGUUGAUGGGAAGAGAACACUCACAUGUUGUCACUAUGAUCAGAGGAACCAGAGGUUACUUGGCUCCCGAGUGGGUUAGCAAUCGUCCUAUAACUGUAAAAGCCGAUUGUUACAGUUACGGAAUGCUUCUCUUAGAGAUUGUUGGUGGCCGGAGAAACCUUGACAUGUCAUUUGAUGCAGAGGACUUCUUCUUUCCCGGAUGGGCUUUUAAGGAGUUGACAAAUGGGACACCGAUAAAAGUUGCUGACAGACGAUUAGGAGGAGCAGUUGAAGAAGAAGAGCUGGUGAGAGCUUUGAAAACCGCGCUUUGGUGCAUCCAAGAUGAGGUUUACAUGAGGCCUUCAAUGGGGGAUGUGGUGAAGAUGUUGGAAGGAUCAGUUGACAUCAAUGAACCACCAAUGCCACAGACAGUUUUGGAACUAAUUGAAGAGGGCUUGGAUCAUGUAUACAUAGCCAUGAAAAGAGAGUUGAAUCAGUCCAGCUCUUUCACCAUCAAUACUCAUCCCUCGUCUCGCGCUACAUGUAGCUAUUCCACAAUGUCACCUAGAUGAUCAAACUUCAUAGUAACAUGGGGAUACAAUUUUGUUGGAAUUUUGUAAUUGUGGCGAUUUAUAUAUUAUUUUGGUGCUGCAAACUAAGAAAUGGUCAAUGCUGUUGUGACCAUUUAUAUAUUAUUUUCAUCAAAAGUAUUAAACAUUUUUCAGGACUUUUUUUGGGGGGAUUUUCUGUUCUUGUACAAGUCCUCGGCUAACUGCCUAAAAGUGGAAGUGAUGAGAACCAGUGUUAACACUUAGAAUAGUUAUGCCUCUAGCAACUAUGUGUGCAAUGCAUUGGUGCAAUGGAA